CCCCACUUCCACCGGCCCUCAUUGUCUCCCUUCUCCGAUUCCAGAUCAGAAACACGCACAAACACGUACACUGCGUGAGAAGUUUUAUCUUCAGAGGUGAACAGAGGAGGUGGAGUGUCUGCAAUGACAAUGGAGGUACCUAAGAAGUGGUUCGCUCUCUGUUCCUUUCUGUUUCUGAUCCUGUUGCUCUCCGCCGUCGCCGCCGUAGUGCAGAAAAAUAACUCUUCAAACCCUAGGACUGUGGAAACAGAGCAGUUACAGAGCCUGAACUUCAACUCGUCAAUGGCAGCAAGAGAAAAGGAAAUGGAAGCUUUGAAUGAAAAUGCAGUUCAAGAUCCUGAAGAAGUCGUCUCCCUUGUUGAAAUGAGUAUGAGAAACAACACUGAGAGAAGGAAACUAGGAUACUUCUCAUGUGGGACCGGGAACCCAAUCGACGACUGCUGGCGGUGCGACCCAAACUGGCACCGCAACCGCAAGCGGUUAGCCGACUGCGGUAUCGGGUUCGGUCGCAACGCAAUCGGGGGCCGCCACGGCCGCUUCUACGUCGUAACCGACGCGCACGACGACAACCCGGUCAACCCGCGGCCUGGCACCCUCCGCCACGCUGUCAUCCAAACAGAGCCACUGUGGAUCGUCUUCAAACGUGACAUGGUCAUCCAAUUGAAACAAGAACUUAUAAUGAACAGCUUCAAAACCAUCGAUGCACGUGGAGUCAACGUGCAUAUUGCUAAUGGAGCUUGUUUGACUUUACAGUUUAUCACUAAUGUUAUCAUUCAUGGGUUGCAUAUUCAUGAUUGUAAACCUACUGGAAAUGCUUUGGUUAGAAGCUCUCCUUCGCAUUACGGGUGGAGAACAAUGGCGGAUGGUGAUGCGAUUUCGAUUUUUGGAUCGAGUCAUAUUUGGAUCGAUCAUAAUUCUUUGUCUAAUUGUGCUGAUGGACUUGUGGAUGCGGUUAUGGGGUCCACUGCUAUCACUAUUUCCAAUAAUCACUUUGCUCACCAUAACGAGGUUAUGUUGUUGGGACAUAGUGACUCUUAUGUUAGGGAUAAAAUGAUGCAAGUGACAAUCGCUUAUAACCAUUUUGGCAAAGGUCUAAUUCAAAGAAUGCCAAGAUGUAGACAUGGGUAUUUUCAUGUUGUGAAUAAUGACUACACACACUGGGAAAUGUACGCGAUUGGUGGAAGUGCAAGCCCUACAAUUAACAGCCAAGGCAACAGAUACCUUGCCCCUGCCAAUCCUUUUGCGAAAGAGGUUACCAAGAGGGUGGAUACAGAUGCGAGAAAUUGGCACGGGUGGAACUGGAGAUCCGAGGGUGAUUUACUUCUUAAUGGGGCUUAUUUUACUCCAUCUGGGGCUGGUGCUUCUGCGAGUUAUGCUAGAGCUUCGAGUCUAGGGGCAAAAUCGUCUAACAUGGUUGCUAGUAUUACUUCUAGUGCUGGGGUUCUUAACUGUCGUAGGGGCCACCAAUGCUAGCCUUACACGUGUCAUCCUCUCUCACCAUUUUCACUUUUACUUUUUUUAUUUUUUGUUCAGUGUGUUUGUUCACUCCUCUAGUGUGCUUUUUUUACACACUCAUUGUUUUUUUUUUUUUUUUUUUUUGUGUCGUGCAAGUGCAACCUCGGCCAAGCUUUUUAUUAGAAA